AUGGAGUCAUCUCGUCCUGCCUCGCCGGUCUCACCACAGUGGGCACAGCAUCCAUUCGACAAUCCAGCUGCGAAUAUCAUCCUCCGUUCAUCCGACAACAUCGACUUCUGCGUCCACAGCGUCGUCUUGUCCGAAGCUUCUCCGUUCUUCAAAGACAUGUUUAGUCUCCAGCAGCCCCUUGUCGAUCACAUCAAACCUGAUGGCCUCGACGAGUAUAGAGAUGGUCGUCCCGUGAUUGUCGUCGGAGAAGAUAGUCGGACGCUGGACAGUCUACUGCGUCUUUGCUACCCUAUCACAGAUCCGGAGCUGAAGGAGUUGACGGAGGUUCGGGCAGUGUUGGAAGCAGCCCUGAAAUACCAGAUGGAGGAGGCGACCGCGAUUGCGACAAAAGCGUUAAGGACCUUUGCGCAUGGGGAACCGUUACGUAUAUGGGCGAUUGCGUGUCGGCUCCGUCUGGAAGUGGAAGCUAGAUAUGCAGCGGGUUUAUCCCUUGCGCAGCCAAUCUCAGGCGAAUUUCCUGAGGAGAUGCAAGAGUUGACUGCCGGUCCUUACUUCCGAUUGCUCAGAUUCCAUAGGCUGAAGGGAGAAGUCGGGGACAGUUUCUCCUUCCUCUCUCCCGAAUCGCCUAAGGAUGUCAUCGAAGAACCCCAGGAGACUGUGACCGCAGCAUCUCUCGGCUUCGUCACCUAUCCUUUCGCGGACCUCGUCUGUCGCUCGUCUGAUGGCGUUGAUUUUCAGACGCACAAAGUGAUACUAUCAAUGGCUUCACCAAUCCUGCAUGCCCUCAUCAUGAGCCUGCAAGGACCUAAUGAGGACGAUGAAACCCGAGACACUGCUGCAUCUGCGCACGAUCUUCCUGUCCUCAGCGUUGAGGAAGACGGCCGAACUUUGGCAGCACUCCUGCAGUUGUGCUAUCCCGUUGAAGCGUCUUCGACAAAGAUAGACGACUUUGGGAUUGUCCAGGCUGUUCUCGAGGCCGCGAAGAAGUAUAAUAUGGCGAGAUUGACUUCAGUGGUCAGGAAGCAUUGGACUUCACUGGCUGAUGCAGAACCUCUGCGCGCUUACUUCACGGCAGUCGGGCACAAUUUGGACGAAUGCGCGAGACACUUGGCCAAGAACCUGCUCGAAGGCCCUAUCGAGGACGCGUACACCUCUGAAAUGGAGGACGCACCCGCUCGGGCGUACUAUCGACUUCUUCAAUACUACAAGGCUUGUCAGAACAUUGUUGCGGCAGCGCUCACGCGAUAUCGUGACAACAACAAAGAUGAACUGACUGCAGGAGAUCUGUUCGACUACCGAUGCUUCUGCAAUGCGCCCUCAGUCCAAACCAGGAUCAACCUACCCCACACAUUGAAGGAGCAUGCCCAAAGCGGCGUUUAUGGCUAUACAAAAUGCGUUAAGAUGCACUUUGGAUGCUCCUGUAAAUGGAAAGGGUGGUUCGACGAACUUCUGGCGAGUUCUGCAUAG